ACCUUGCUUUUUCCACCAUGGUCGUGACCGUGUCAGCGUCAGCGUUGCGUCAGCGUAGCGUGUCAGUUAUUACACUUGCUACACCGAGUCAAUUAUUAAACUCAUUUUAUCAAGCCCCCUCCUAGGUAUCCUACCUGUGCACUUCUUGAAAGACAUCGUUAGAGUGAGACGCCGUGGACGUCCAGUAAAAUAGCAAUGGACGUAUUUCGCUCGAAUUUGCCACCGUCAGAAAUAGCCACUCGCGUGAAAGAGAACUGGUGUUGGACGCAAGUGAACACGAUUAAGUUCGACUGUACAUGGACGAUAAAUAACUUUAGUUAUUGCUACGGGAAGGGUAGGCUCGAGAAGACCCUCAAGUCAACCACAUUUUCAGCAGGGGACAACAAAAAGUGGAAGUGGUACCUGGAACUGUAUACUACCCCCCUGGCCCAAGACUACGUAUCGCUGACAAUCAUUAUUGAUGAGGGCAAAAAAGAAGUUAACGGUAAUUUCACAAUUUAUAUUCUUAAUGCCAAGAAAGAAAAAAUAGAACAAGCAGUGGUCAAUAAGUCCGUUUCCACGUUGAGUGGUUAUCGUGCAACAUAUGAUAUCGUAAGGUUCUUAAAGAAAGACUAUAUUUCUUUGUACCCGGCACACACACUGCUACCAAAUGACACACUCACGAUAUUGUGCGAGCUCAGCAUAAAUACGGACAUAAUAAACAUCUCCAGCCAAAGCAUCGCAAAAGAAUUUCAAGUACCAGAGUGCCAGGCGCUCGACAAUCUCGGGCUACAGUUAGAGAACGAAAAAUUUUGCGAUGUGACACUCACUGUCCGCGAUAAGGAAUUUCGUGCGCAUAAAGUAAUUAUUGCAGCACAAAGUCCUGUCUUUUCGGCAAUGUUCGAACACAACAUGGAGGAGAGUAAGAAAAAUCACGUAGUCAUCACCGACGUGGACGCCGAAGUUUUGAGAGAAGUGUUGAGAUUUAUCUAUACCGGUAAAGUAGCUAAUCUGAAUGUGAUGGCAAAGGAUCUGUUGGCCGCGGCAGACAAGUACGCAUUGAAAAGGCUGAAGGUGCUGUGUGAGAAAGAACUUUACAACACUUUAACCUGUGAGAAUGCAGCCGAUAUGCUCAUCUUAGCCGAUCUCUAUUGCUCCGAUCAGCUGAAAUCAAAGGUGCUAGACUUCAUGAAUAUAUGCGCGGAUGUGGUGCACACCGCAGGUUUCAAGUCUAUGAUACAAUCCCAUCCGCACCUGGUACCAGAAAGUUUACAGACUAUACCUAACAAGAGAUUCAAAUCGCAGUGUUAA